AUGUGGUUCCAGUGAUAUUUCUCCGCCAACAAAGUCUGAGAAACGCAGGUCGAUCGAUCCUCUCUCUUACUCACCGUCGCCCUUUUCUUUUACUCUAUUGCACUGAACUCAAAUAUCAAGAAUUAACGUCUUUAUAUAUGUUUUAUUCUCGAUCGAGUUGUAAUGGUUGAAUAUGUAGAGAUCUGCAGUUUUCAAUUGCUUUUGAUUUAGCUGCUUCGUUUUUCUUAAAGGGUCUUUUAGUCGAAGUUGAGUUUGCAAAUAUAUGGUUUUUGGUUUUGUUCUUUUACACCUAGCUUAAGAGUGCAAUACAAUUAUUAACUUUAGAUUUCUGAAUUUGGAGUUCCUCGAUCUGAUCUACAGUUGUUGUGUUUUUGAGACGACAAAAUUUUCUGAUAGGGUUUGAUCACCGAGUUUUCCGUUGAUCUUCCCGCUUAGGGUUUUUUGAAUUUUCACCAUAACAAUUUUUUUAACACGUUGAUUAGGCAUGAUCUCUAGCUUCUCGUCGUGGUGUAGAUGCUAGUUGAGUUUUGCUAUGAACGUCUGCUUUACCACAUGUUAUUAUAUUUUUUCUUACAUCUCUGGCUCGUUCUUUUGUUUGUAUGAUCAAUCUCAGAGCUUGCUGAUCGUUACGCUUUUGUCUUUUGAGUUUAUUAAAAAGAAACGUUGUUGUGUUUUUUUUUCUUGCAGAGAUAUUGUUAGCUUGGCUGGUAGGCUACGUAAACGGCCAGACGGUAGACCAGUUUACACCGUAGAUGGUUCCGAUGAGGACGCUGACUUUGAUCUAAACAAGGAUCCGACAACUGAACAGAUUGAAGGACUUGCCGAAAGAGACGCGGUUACUCCUCUUACAGAGAUGGAGAAGAUUUUGGACUGCCAAAUGCGUUCUAUGGCAUCUAACGAUCUGAAUUCAUCAGAUAAUGUUGUGAAACAAUAUCUUGUGAAGUGGAAGGGGUUAUCUUACCUACACUGCUCUUGGGUGCCUGCGCAGGAGUUCCAGAAGGCCUAUAAGUUCAACCCUCGUUUAGUAUUCAGGGUGAUCAGAUUUCAUUCUGCGAUGGAGUCAAUGAGUAAAAAUGGAGAUGAUUUUGUUGCCAUUCAUCCUGAGUGGACCACUGUUGACCGGGUUAUAGAUUGCCGCGGAGAAGAUGGGGGCAAGGAGUAUCUGGUGAAGUUCAAAGAACUUUCUUAUGAUGAGUGUUAUUGGGAAUCUGAAUCAGACAUAUCAACCUUCCUAAACGAAAUCCAGAGGUUCAAGGAUAUAAACUCUGGUUGUCGCACAGAUAAAUAUGUUGGCCAUGAGAGAAGUCAUGAAGAUCUCAAACAGUUUGAUCAUACUCCUGAGUUUAUUACAGGCUCAUUGAAUCCGUAUCAGCUUAGUGGGCUUAACUUUUUGCGGUUUACAUGGUCAAAACGAACUCUUGCAGUCCUUGAUGAUGAGAUGGGGAUAGGCAAAACAAUUCAAAGCAUUGCUUUUUUAGCUUCGCUUUUUGAGGAAAACUUGGCUCCGUAUUUGGUAGUUGCUCCCGUUUCCACUUUGAGAAACUGGGAGAGAGAAUUCGCCACAUGGGCACCACAUAUGAAUGUGGUUAUGUACUGUGGUAAUUCUCAAGCUCGUACUGUUAUUAGAGACCAUGAGUUUUACUUCCCAAAAGGUCAUAACAAGAUGAUUGGAAUCAAUGGAGAAAGCAAACAGGAGAGGAUGAAGUUUGAUGUCAUUCUCACGUCUUAUGAGAUGAUCAACGUAGACACAGAAAUCCUAAAACCAAUCAAGUGGAAAUGCAUGAUUGUUGAUGAAGGCCAUCGGUUGAAAAAUAAAAAUUCAGAGUUGUUCAAUUCGCUGAAGCCGUAUACGAGUGAACAUCGCGUUCUAGUUAGAAAGAACUUGGAUGAUGAGUCUGCUGUCUUAGAGGAAGCACACGCUAUAGAAAACAAGUCUUCAACAUCAAACUACUUGGAAGAUUCGUUAAAAGACAAGUAUGAAAGUCAGCAAGUUGAGGAGCUCAAUGUUCUUGGAAAGAGGAAGAGAAACCACAAACAGAUGAUUGAAGAUAAUGAACUUGCUUGUUUAGAAGCGACCUCUGCUCAUGAAGAACCCAAACCAAUUGAUGGUGAAGCAGCUAGACAAGGAAACCAAAUGGCUAAAAGGCCUUACAAUAGAAGGACUCGCGAUACCUCUGAGCCAAUACCUUUGAUAGAAGGAGGAGGGAGAUAUCUCAAGGUGUUAGGUUUUAACGAGCUGCAAAGAAAGAGAUUUAUAAGGACGUUAGAGAGGUACGGAGUUGGCAACUAUGACUGGAAGGAGUUUGUUGAUCCUUUAAAGCCAAGAACCUAUGAUGAAAUUAAAAAUUAUGGAUUACGUUUCUUGAAGCACAUCGUCGAAGACAAAGAUGUUAAUUCUCCAACCUUUUCAGAUGGAGUCCCCAAAGAAGGACUAAUAUGUCAUGAUUUACUUGCCAAAAUUGCCGUUAUGAUGUUAAUUCAAAAGAAGGUGAAACUUAUGAAAGACCAUCCAACAAUCCCCGUUUUCUCUGACGGCAUUAUCCAUAGGUUCCCUGCACUAAGAUUCAGAAGAGGAAUAUUUUCGAACGAUGAACGUGACAGGAUCCUGUUGCGUGCUGUUUCUAAGAACGGGGUUGGAAAAUGGUCUGUCAUUGUUACUGACAUAGAGUUUGGGAUCGACCAGCUCGUGCGAAAAGAAUUGAACCGCCCUUACACAAGUUUCAUUACUGCUAACGGAAACGUAAAAGAAACGCAAAUCAUAGUUACUGAUCAUAUAAAAAGACGGUUUCUGAUUCUGAAGGAAGCGAUAAUAAACGAGUUUGCUGAAGAGUACUACUAUGGACAAAAGCCUUCAUCUCUGAUACGUGCUCAACAAAAUGGUCUACUGGAUCAACCCAAGAAUUUGUUUUCUGAUAAGUUUCGACUAUUAACUGAACGUGCUUUACAUAAGUUUGCGAGGAAGAACAUUUCCAGAAGCUUAAGGGGCUAUGACGAAGAAGAAGAAGAAGAAGAAGUAACUGAAGUCAUUAUGAUGGACUGAUUUGAGGAAACUCAAAACACCAAGAACCUAUAACCAAAACAUAUGUGAUUGGAUUUGGAAUUAUUGUUGUUUCUGUUAAUUCUUGUUUGGGAUUCGACUGGAUUUUUUUAAUAUUAUUCUCAAUUAAGGUUGCGACUGAUGAAAUUAUUUUCUCUGAAAAUACUAUGCUAAACACCCACUUGAAAACAGCUCCAAAUUAACAGCAUUAAGCAUUAAGUACUACUGUUUCAAAUUGUUCCCUUUAAUCUACAUUAUGUGUUAGAAAAUAGCUGCUAAUUAUGUUAUUUUCUGAUCUUAUGACUGAUGUUUCAGGUGUGUGAAAUUGUGGGAGUAUUCAGACUUUUUUUGUAAUCAAAGUAUCACAACGGUUGAGCUUAAGCAAUUUUUUUAUGGUAUUUGUUUUUGAUGGUAUCACACCGUAGAAAGCCUUUGACCUCUUGGACUCUUCAUCUUCUUCUUCACUCGACCUAAUACUCAUCUGACUAUACAACGAUCCUUCUCCAUUGAAAGCAUCGUAAUUAAAACCUGUUUCUACAGCUUCAGAGGAGUUCAUGCUCCACCCACCCCACACACCGUUAGAACGGUACAACAAGCUCUUCCAACUUCAUUCCCGCAUAACAAUCCAUGAUCGAU